AAACAGCCACGUAAUUUGCAUCCAAUGGAAAACCCAAUACCAGAUAAUCUCCGUUGGAGGGCAUUACAGUAAAUGCAAGAAUUAUUGCCGCCGUCUUCGUCAUUACCAUCCCGGUGGGCCCGUUUCGCGAUCUUCAAAUUUUUGGAAGUUCCUUAUAAGAAAACGCUUCCAAAUAAUUCACCACCCUUGAUUUUGAAUUCACGAUAGAUAAACAAGAUAAGGUGUUUUUGUUUUUGCGUGUGUGUGUAUGCGAAGGAAGAAAGAGUUUUUCGAGCAAUGGGAAGAGCGUUCGUGUACGUGAUUCUCGGUGGUGGUGUAUCUGCUGGUUAUGCUGCUCUUGAAUUCGUUAGACGAGGUGUUUCUCAUGGUGAACUCUGUAUCAUUUCUAAUGAAUCAGUUGCUCCGUAUGAAAGACCUGCAUUAAGCAAAGGAUAUUUGCUUCCAGAAGCUGCUGCCCGGCUUCCAUCCUUUCAUACAUGUGUAGGAGCAAAUGAGGAAAGGCUAACUCCAAAAUGGUAUAAAGAACAUGGAGUUGAACUAGUUCUUGGAACUGGAGUUAAGUCUGCUGAUGUGAAACGUAAAACACUGUUAACCACAACUGGGGAGACCAUAAGUUACAAAUUUCUUAUUAUUGCUACUGGCGCCCGGGCUUUGAAACUGGAGGAAUUUGGGGUUAAUGGAUCCGAUGCAGAAAAUGUAUGUUAUUUAAGAGAUAUAUCAGAUGCAAAUAGGCUUGUGAAUGCUAUUCAAUCUUCUCCUGGUGGGAAUGCUGUUGUCAUUGGUGGUGGAUACAUUGGCAUGGAGUGUGCAGCAUCUUUAGUGAUUAAUAAAAUCAAUGUAACAAUGGUCUUCCCAGAAGCACAUUGCAUGGCUCGUUUAUUAACCCCCAAGAUUGCAAGCUACUAUGAAGAAUAUUAUAAAUCAAGAGGAGUAAAAUUCAUUAAAGGAACUGUGCUAUCAUCAUUUGAUUUUGAUUCCAACGGAAAGGUUACAGAUGUUACUCUUAGAGAUGGAACAAAGCUAUCCGUAGACAUGGUUGUAGUGGGAAUCGGAAUACGACCAAAUACAGGUCUGUUUGAAGGCCAACUUACUUUGGAGAAAGGUGGAAUCAAGGUAAAUGGAAUGUUCCAGUCAAGCAACAGUUCAGUCUAUGCUAUUGGAGAUGUUGCAGCAUUUCCAGUCAAAGCGUUUGGUGAAAAGCGAAGACUGGAGCAUGUUGAUUCAGCAAGAAAAUCUGCAAAACACGCUGUUUCAUCCAUAAUGGAACCAGACAAAACAGGCGAAUUUGACUACAUUCCUUUUUUCUACUCCAGAGUCUUCACUUUGUCAUGGCAAUUUUACGGGGAUAAUGCCGGGGAAGUUGUUUAUUAUGGAGAUCUCUCAGCCUCAGGUAGCACAUUUGGAGCAUAUUGGGUAAACAAGGGUCAUGUUGUCGGGGCUUUCCUUGAAGGAGGAACUAGAGAAGAAUAUGAAGCCAUAGCAAAGACUACAACACUAAGGCCAGCAGUUGAAGACUUGACUGAGUUGGAGCGGCAAGGUUUGGGGUUUGCAGUGGCAGUUAGCCAGAAACCAGUAGCAUUACCACCACCGAUUGAGGUUAGCGGUAGCACUUCUGGUCUUCUUUUGGAAAAACCAUUAUAUGCUUGGCAUGCUACAGCUGGUGUCGUUCUUGCUGCAUCAAUAGCUGCAUUUGCAUAUUUUUAUGGAAAAAGGCGUCGCAGAUGGUGAAACUUCUAAGAUUACCAAAUUCGUGGUUAACGGUUUCAAAGGAUGACUGUGACACUUCUAAGGUUACCAAAUUCGUGGUUAACGGUUUCAAAGGACUUUAGACAGAUUUACGAGCUGCAAUAUUGUAUCCUAUCCAACUUAUUGGAUUACAAUUCUUCACUUGUAUUGUUCAUAUACAGGAUUGUUGUACUAAAAACAAAAGGAAAAUACAAAUGACCAUCAUUCAGAAGUUACUAAUA